AUGGCUCUAAUCGGCUGGCUAUUCUGCUUACCGAUAUUGAUUUUAUCGAUUCAAUCAUGUCAUAUUAUUGAUAUUUUACAAAUGAAUUCAUCUAAUGUCAUUUUUACUGGUAGAAUUCUUUCACUUCAUCGAUGGUCUGCUGAUCAUCCUUAUUCAGCAUUUGUUUGGGUUUUUCGAAUACUUCGUGGAGAAUCUUAUUUACUUGAACAUUAUCAAUCGACACAUCUUCAACGACCACUCUAUAUUAUAAUUGACAAUCUAGGAAUAUGUGAAGAAAAUUCACCAUUAAAAUAUUAUGAUGUGAAAAUAUUUGGUAUUCAAAUUAAUAAUGCACGAUUUCAGUCAAGUUUCACACCAUUACCAGUUACUGUUGCAAAUAUGCAAGCAAUUGAGGGUAAAAUUAGUUAUUUAAUUGAGUUCAACUACUUUUUUUCUUCUCCUUAUAUUUACUAUCGACAAAGAAAGAUUAAUAGAAAGUUUAUGUAGUGUAUACAUUUUUAUAUUCGUCUUUUUAGCAUGUUCAGUAAAUGUUCACAUUAUUUGAC